UUGACAUUUUAUAGAUUUUGAUUUUGUACAGACGAUUUACAAAGAAUAAUAAUUAAAUUUAAUUAAUUGCUGGUAAAUUUUCAAACACAAAUAAUUGGAAAGUGUCUUGGUGCAAUAAAACGUAUUUUGUAGUUAUACGUUUGCCACCGAUUUUGAUAAGCAAAGCUAACCUCGAAAAAUAUUGAUUUCUGUGAUUACAUGAAAAAAGUAAUAUAUAACAAUGUCGAAAAGAGAUUAUGAGGCAGCAUUUUUGCAAAAGGAAAUCAAACGUGUACCAAACAAUAAAAGGCAAAGCGACAAGAAACACACAUUAGACAGUGAUGAAGAGGAUGAGGUUGAUGAAGACAACGUCUUAGAUGUUGAUGAUAUAGAAGGCGAAGAAGAGGGCAUUGCCAGGCAAGAUGGGGAGCAAAAGAUGACUGCCUUUAACAUGAAGGAAGAAAUGGAAGAAGGUCAUUUCGACAGACAAGGCCAUUUCAUAUGGAAUAAUGAGAAAGAGAUAAGAGACAAUUGGUUGGACAACAUUGACUGGCAAAAAAUUAAAACUUCGUCAGAUUCCAAAGACAAAUAUAAUAUUGAUGAGAAAGGCUUAGGCGAUGAAAGUGACUCAGGUUCCGAAAUGAAUGAUGAUUUCGAUGAGAUAUCAAAUUAUAAAAACAUGUUAGAAUAUAUGAAGCCUGGUGAAACUGUAAACAAAGCUAUCAAGCGUUUAGGUGCUGCUGAUAUGAAGUUGUCAAGUGUGGAAAGAUUGCGACGGAAGAAAGCCGGUACGUUAAAUACAAAUGAAGACGUUAUAAAAUUAACGGAAUUGGCAAAUCAAAUUCUAACAGAAAAAGGAAAUAUGGAUAUAUAUCAAGAAACGUAUGAGCAAAUAAAAACCAAAGUUGAAAGCAAAGGAAAGAAAAAAGCAACGGGUGUGGCAGAGCCAGUAUUGGAUAUGUAUGCUGAUGACUUUGACGUGAAAGAAAAAGAGAAAAUUUCCACCGUUACAAUGUGUGAAACUAAAGAGGAAGUGAAGAAAGAGAUAAUGUGGGAAUUUAAGUGGAAAGUUGAGGAUGAAGAUAUUCAUGGACCAUACAGCACUCAACAGAUGGUCAAGUGGUCAAAAGAGAAUUAUUUCACAGUUGGUGCCAUGGUUAGAAAGUGUGGGGAAUCUUCAAAUUUCUAUUCGCUGGGUAGAAUUGAUUUUGAGUUAUAUGAAUAAUUUUGAAAAUAAAUGUAUUUUUCGAAA